AACCGCUUCAAGAACAAGGGCAAGGACACGACGGAAAUGCGGCGGCGGCGUAUCGAAGUCAACGUGGAGCUGAGGAAAGCCAAGAAAGACGACCAGAUGCUUAAAAGAAGAAACGUCAGCACUUUCCCGGACGACGCCACUUCUCCUCUGCAGGAAAAUAGGGGCAAUCAGGUCUGUGCACACUGGUCUGUUGAAGAAAUAGUCAAAGGAAUUAGCAGUAACAACAUAGAACUCCAGUUGCAGGCUACUCAGGCCGCAAGGAAACUGCUGUCCAGAGAGAAACAGCCCCCCAUAGACAACAUAAUUCGGGCUGGCUUGAUCCCCAAGUUUGUCUCCUUUUUAGGGAGAGCAGACUGUAGCCCUAUUCAGUUUGAAUCUGCUUGGGCACUUACUAACAUUGCUUCUGGCACGUCGGAGCAAACAAAGGCUGUGGUAGAUGGUGGAGCCAUACCAGCUUUUAUCUCCCUGUUGGCUUCUCCUCAUACUCACAUCAGUGAACAGGCCGUGUGGGCUUUAGGAAACAUAGCAGGUGAUGGUUCUGCCUACAGGGACUUAGUUAUUAAAUAUGGUGCAAUUGACCCACUGCUGGCUCUUCUUGCUGUUCCUGAUCUCUCUUCUCUAGCAUCAGGAUACCUGCGCAAUGCUACCUGGACCGUUUCAAACCUGUGCCGUAAUAAGAAUCCUGCACCACCUAUAGAAGCUGUUGAGCAGAUUCUUCCCACUUUAGUUCGUCUACUGCACCACAACGACCAUGAGGUUUUGGCUGACACGUGCUGGGCGGUCUCCUACCUUACAGAUGGUUCUAAUGAUAGAAUUGAAGUAGUAGUGAAAACUGGACUCGUGCCACAACUUGUGAAGCUUCUGGGAUGUGCUGAACUGCCAAUAGUGACUCCUUCAUUAAGAGCCAUAGGAAACAUUGUCACGGGCACUGAUGAGCAAACGCAGCUUGUUAUUGAUUCGGGAGCAUUAGCUGUCUUCCCAAGCCUGCUCAGUCACCACAAAAACAACAUUCAGAAAGAAGCAGCGUGGACCAUGUCCAACAUCACUGCUGGACGUCAGGACCAGAUCCAGCAAGUUAUAGAUCAUGGACUUGUUCCAUUUCUUAUUGGAGUGCUGAGAAAGGGGGAUUUCAAGUCACAAAAAGAAGCAGUGUGGGCUGUAACCAACUAUACAAGUGGUGGAACAAUUGACCAGAUCAUAUAUCUUGUUCAGGCUGGUGCUCUAGAACCGUUAUUGAAUCUCUUGUCAGCUAAGGACAGCAAAACUGUACUAGUUAUUCUGGAUGCUGUUUCUAAUAUUUUCUCGGCUGCCGAGAAAAUUGGUGAGACUGAAAAACUCUGUCUCAUGAUCGAGGAAUGUGGAGGUCUAGACAGAAUUGAAGCUCUCCAGUCUCAUGAAAAUGAACAGGUGUACAAGGCCUCCUCAAGCCUGAUUGAGAAGUACUUCUCAGCAGAGGAAGAGGAAGACCAAAAUGUUGUGCCAGACUCUACUGCUGACGGCUACACCUUCCAGAUUCAGGGCAGUGCUCCUGACACUUUCAACUUCUAGAUUUUGUGUGUACUGCAGCUAACCUCAUCUGAGUACCUCUUCUCCUUGUUUUAAUGUCUUCACUAAUCUUUUUUUACUGUCUUUUUCUACGUGACUUGUAAUGUAGCACUUUGUACAAUUGAAGCAUACUUGAACAGUUCAAAAGUGUACAUACUACAUGAAUCUUACUGUAAAUUUCAAUCUUUCUUGAAGUAUGCCUGUAAAUACUCUUAAUUCUAGUCUCCUACUUAUUAAUGUGAUUUCCAGUAUAUAGGUCUUGGCUAAUAUUCCAAAUAGCCUUGAGGCCAUAAGAGUUAGAUGCAGGCAUUGGUUUUAAUUUUUUUUGUGGUGUCAUAUCCAUGUGGGUGCAGAGAAUUUGGGAAAAGAGUAUAAAUUGGUGCAACUUUCUCUUUUACCAUGCACCAAGUAGCCUGUCAUGGUGAAGUCAUCAAUAGUGUGAACAAGCUUUUAAAGAGAAUCUGUGUUCAAAGGUCAAUAAAGUGGUAUAGGAACACAACUUA